GCGAAGCCAGCUGUUUCCCGCGUUUUUGAUUCGCGAAUUGCAAUUGGCAGAAGUGCAGCGGCAGUGGAAAGCUGGAAAAUAGCGCAAGCCGCAGGGAAACGCUCACAAUGCAGCGCACUCCGCGCACGUAGAAUUCGCACUUUCUUCCGCAAGCGAUAGGCAACGAAAUUGGCAGUGCCGAAAAGAGACUGAAUCCAGCCGCCGAUUGGGACGACUUCCGCCAGAACUAUUCAACAUGUUUGUCCAGGAUCUGCGCAACGACUUCUACCGCCAGCUGGUGGGCAAGCGCAUCCUGAUUGUGGUCAACUACGACAUCGAUGCCAUCUGCGCCAGCCGCAUCCUGCAGGCCCUCUUCAAGUACGAUCACAUGCUGUACACCGUGGUGCCCAUCAUGGGCGUCACGGGUCUGAAGAGGGCCUAUGGAGAGCACCAGGGCGAUGUUAAGUACGUGGUGCUGGUGAACUGCGGCGGCUGCGUGGAUAUUGUGGAGCUCCUGCAGCCGGCGGAGGACGUGACCUUCUUCAUCUGCGACUCCCAUCGCCCGUUGGAUGUGUGCAACAUCUACAGCGAUCGGCAGGUGUGCAUCUUGGGCGAUGCCUCCUUGGAGGAGAAUAUUCCGGCCUUCGAAACCAUUUUCUAUGACUCUGAUGGGGAAGACGACGAAGAGGACGAGUCCUCUGACCCGGAGCAACAGCACAACGACAGCGGUGCCGGGGAAUCGGAUCAGGAGGACGAGGCGCCAAGGAGCCGCAAGCUUAGUCGCCUGGAGCGGCACGAGCAGCGCGUCUUGAAGCAGCGAGCCCGCCGACAGUGGGAGUCCGAGCGCGACAGGAUUAUGUUCGAGUACACGCAGUUUAGCUACUACGGCAGGUCCGCCGCCUUGAUGGUGUUUGAGUUGGCCUGGAAGCUCUCGAAGGACAACAUGGACCUCCUCUGGUGGGCCAUUGUGGGUAUCACGGAGCAGCUGCUGCUGGGCAAGAUCGAAAGUGGAUCGUACACUUUGGAACUGGAGCAGAUCCAGUCGCAUGUCUCACGUCUGACGAACAAAACGAACGACCAGAACACGAUGAGUGCAUCCAAGAUUACCUUUGAGAACGAUUUGCAUCUGGUUCUGUACCGCCACUGGCCCGUAACGGAGUCCAUGAGGUAUUCCCGCUACUCCUCAUGCCAGCUGAAACUGUGGACACUGCGCGGCGAGAAGAGAUUACACGAGCUGCUGCUCGAGAUGGGACUGCCCCUGGUGCACGCCCGCCAAACGUACGGGGCCAUGGACUUGGUGCUGCGCAAGGAGUUCUUCUCGAUGGUGGAGCGCCUGGCGGAGAAGUACGACAUAGCGGACAUAGUCUAUGGCACCUUCACGCUGAGCUACGGUUACCGCAGUAGAUAUGCUGCGGCGGACUACGUAUAUGCCUUGCUCGCCAUCAUGGAGUCUGUGAAGAAGCACAAGACUCCGGAGGACUGCUUUCUGGAGGCCUCCGAUGCCCUGAGUCGCCAGCACAAGCAGCUGCUCUCCGCGGGAAUCGACCAGGCCAAACUCUUGCACGCUGCUGUUUUUCGGCAGGUGCAGAGCAGCUUGGAAGCACGCCAAGUCCACUCGGCGGGCUCCUUCUUCUACUACGUUCUCCAGGAGGAACACGCGUUCUUCUCUUACCCCUACGCCCUAGGACUGCUGGCACGCUUCCUGUUGCGCGGACACGUAGCCACGAGUAGGGCCAGACAGGCUCCGGAUCUGCCGCUAAUCGCAAGCUGUCCCCUGGACGCCGCGGAGGGCAUGUGCUUGCUGGUGGGCGUUGUCCCGGUGAGGGAGGAUUCGCCGCGAAACUUCUUUGGCAAGGCCUUCGAGCAGGCGGCGCAAAAAAGUGGGGUUGCUCUGCUGCAGGACUUUUUUGAGCCUGCGGUGGUGCAGCUGCGGCAGAGCGACCUCACCCGCUUCCUGGACGCGCUCACGGUUCUGUUGACCUGAUCCACACAUCCAUAUUCUACCUGCUACCGACAUCCCUGCUCAAUCAUAUUACGUGCUAAGCUAGUUUUUAAGGCGAGAGACCUCAUUUGUACACUUAGCUUAAGAUUUUAGCAAACCCUAUUUAUGUGCGAUUAUGUGUUAAUAACUUUUACAUUGCGCCCAGGACCACAAAUCACAAAGUACAGCUUAAGAAAUGUCCUUUUUUUCAACAAUUACUUGUAAAUCUGACCUAGAAUAAAUUUAAAUUCAAGUGUUCACCAUGGAA